AUCUCAAAAAGAAACAACUUGUCGCAUAAUACUCUAAAUACAAACCAAUUAUAGAUCACAAUGUCCUCCACUUUCUCUCCCAAAAAGAUUUCACUCAACGGAACUCCAAGAGAGGUAAAUCCUAUUUCUCACGUGCACAUUCUCCCCAUACAGAGCAAACACGCCCCACUUUCCGUAACAACAUCUCACACAUCCUAGAUAGGACAUCAACAUGGCAGUCUUCUCUCAUCCGAGAUCAAAAGCCAGAUGAAGAUAUAUGACGCGAUGUUCCAAUUCACGUCCUCGUUAUCAUGGUCCCAACUCCCCAACAUUGCACGCGAAUUCCAAUCCACAAUUCGUAAAUUAACACCAGAUAUCUAUGAGGAAAUGCUAGGAAUUGCUGAGGGUGCGAAUGUGGAUAUUUUGGAUAUUAUUGUGCUUAAUUGUAGGAGUGAGAUUGCUUUGGGGAGAUUUACUGAUGGGUGUACGAGUUUGGGGUGGAGGAUGCAGGGUAAAGAGGAUGGGAAGGUUGUGUUGGCCCAGAAUUGGGAUUGGACUGAGAAUGUUAUGAAGAAUUUGGCGAUGGUCGAAAUAGAAAGGAUAGGGAAGGAGAAGAUUUGGAUGGUUACUGAGGUAUGGUUUCAUGCUCUCUUUCUUAUAUUUCUCGGUCAUGUUAGAUGAUGUGGUGAAGUAACCAAAGAACACAGGCUGGCAUUGUGGGUAAAAUUGGUUUCAACUCAGCAGGCGUCGGUGUAUGUCUCAACGCUAUCAGGGCUAGGCCAACGGAUACCUCCAAGCUUCCAAUCCAUAUUGCACUGCGCAUUUGCCUAGAAAGUAGCAGUGUAGAUGAUGCUCUAGCUACGAUUGACAAACUAGGUGGUGUAGCAUCGAGUCAACACAUUCUGAUAGCCGAUAAGAGUAAAGUGUUAGGUAUGGAACUUUCCCCUGUGGGAAACUGCUUUUUGGAGCCAUGUGAUGAUGGUUUUGUGGCCCAUACAAAUCAUUUCAUCAAGAAUGAUUUGGUGACGAAACCAUUUUGGCUUAAGGGAAGUCCAGUGAGACUUGAAAGGGCCAAUUUACUGACUAGCGAGUUAAUUGGCGAUUUGAAAAAUGGGUUGGAAAUAAAAGAAGGGGUAGGAAAACUGUUGAGGCAAAGGAUCUUCUCAGAUACGUUUAAUACUCCGCAAGCGAUUUGCUGUCAAGAGGAUCCAAGUCUACCAAAGGAGACGAGAAAUAGCACGCUAUUUAAUAUAGUAAUGGAACUAGAGGCUGGAAAUCCAUCCGCUGAAGUUGUGUUUGGGAAACCUGGAAUGGCUGAGGGAGAGGUUUUGAGAAUGCCAUGGACUUGAUUUUUUGGUCAUUGGAGUGUGGUUAUUAAACACCAGGUAGUUUGGGCUAAGAAAUAUCCGGAUACGGUUUUUGUCGAUUCGAGGGUGAAGCAUACUUAAUCCAUUGACUAUCAGUAAGUGAAGCGGGCGUACAGGAUGUCGCUCAAAUGUUGUGUUCGCAU